CUGACACGAAAGCCACGACAAACAGAGAGCCAACGCAAGGGCGUCAACGAGCUCUUAGCCGAUCUCCGCCGAUCCUCCCUCGCCUCCUCGAGCCGUACCACCGCAGCGUCCUCGGCAGCCACGCCCACCGUCCCGCCCGCCCUCCGACAGAUCCUCCACAUCCCAGAGACGCCUCCCCCGGCACCCAGGCGUGUCCCACGAUUCGACGCGACCGGCAGACGAGUGCCCCCCGGCCCGCCACCACCACGCAGCUGGCUCAACCGCGCCUGCAGCAAUGACUCCCGCUACACCAGCGCACACGCCCACGCCGCGACCGGCGCCGUCAAGGGCCUCCCGGGCUCCUACGAGCCCGACAAGGGCAGCCUGACGGAUCUCCUGCUGCGCAGGAUGGCCCUGAACUGGGACUUCCAGAGGGAUUAUGACCGGUACUACCUUCACACGCUGCCCAGCCGAGUCCGCGCCUCCCUCGUCAGGUACGUUGGCACGUGGCACGAGGCCGGACUGUCCGCUGCGGACCUGCGCAACAUCCUCAUACCACCCGUCGUGGACGAGAAGGAUGAGGGCGGCGAGCAGCUGCAGCUGGACCUCGAGGAACUCGUCUCGCUGAAUAACGACGUAUACUCCCUCGAUCUCGCUGGCUCCGUUGGACGCUCCAUGAGCAUUAGGGAGCUGACCGAUGUGCUCUUCCCGCAGCAGCUUGCGGGUGCGUCUGAGGAGGUGCAGGACUCCUGGGACACGGCGGAGGCGCCGUCGCUGCCCCCGAAGCUUCUGCCCAACAUCACACAUCUAUCCCUGGCCGUCGUGCCGGGGGCUUGCGGCGGCGGGCCCGACGUCACGUGGAAGCAGCUGCUCGCUCUCGCGGCCAAGCUGCCCACGCUCACGCAUCUCAGCCUAGCCUACUGGCCUGAGCCGUCACUGACGCCCAACGCGAAGUUCGCGACGAUCGUGUCGCCCGACGGACGCACGGCGCAGUACUCCAGCACCGGGGCCUACUCGCACACCCUGGACGACGACUGGACCGAGGCCGUUAUCCUGCUGCGGAAGCUGAGCAAGUGCCUGUACGGGCUGGAGUAUCUCGAUCUCACGGGCUGCGGAGACUGGUUCAAGGCGCUCAUGGCCAACGUGGACGGUGACAAGAUCGACUGGGCCGGACCGUGGGGCAAGGUGUCGACGCUCAAGCUGAAAUAUGGCUAUGAGAUCAGCGAGAACACGCCCAUCGCCGACGGCGAACGGUUCCGGGAGGCGGCGAGGAUGGCGAGGACGAUUGAGAGAUACAUCGUCACGCAAAGAGAUGGGAAGGGGCGGUUCAUCACCGUCGAAAGGGAUCAUAUAGAAGAUGUGCGGUCACCGGGCAUGACCUAG